CACUCCAAAGCAGCAGACGUGUUUGUUGACAGACAGACAGACAGGCAGCAACAGCAGCAGCGCAACGCCAAAACAACAGUCAAAACAAAUUCUCAGACGCAACUUAAGCAACUUCCCGUUGAAACUAACGUUCCUAAGAGCGUAAGCAAAGACAGAGAGAGAGAGAGAGAGUGAGAGCGAAAGGAGCGGAACGAAAAAGGGUCGAACUUUAAUCAAUGAAAAUGUAUCCAGUCGCUGCCCAGAUGCUGCGUCUGCGCAGCGCCGCCAACGCUUGCGCCCGCACAAUCACAACGAAUCGCAGGCAGCGCAACACGGCGAGCGUUGAGCGCGCCCAGAGCAUCAGCGAACGGGACAAGUCGCUGCACUACAAUGCCGAGGAUGGCUACUACAAGACCUCGCCCUACGAUCCCAUCAAGAUCCAAAAUGUGCCGUUGCACGAGUACGUCUGGCGCGACUUCAAAAAGUGGGAGAACUCCACGGCAGCGGUCUGCGUGAUCACAGAUCGGCAAUACACGUACGCCCAGCUUCGCGAUGCCAGCGCCGCCUUUGCCGUGCGCCUGCAGACCAAGUUCAAGCUGUUCAAGCCCGAUAUUCUUGCCAUUUGUCUGCCAAACAUGCCAGAGUAUCCGAUCGCAGCGCUGGGCGCUAUCGAAGCUGGUCUCGCUGUGACUACAAUCAAUCCAAUUUAUACGCCAGAUGAAAUCUCACGCCAGCUCACGUUCAGCAAUGCCAAGUUCCUGGUGGGCAGCGUGACUGGCUUUGCCACGCUGCGGGAGGCCUGCCAGCUGGCUGGCAAGCAGAUACCCAUCGCAGUGGUGCGCAGCAGCGAGACGGAGCUGCUGCCGGCGGGAGCGAUUGAUUUCUUUGAGCUGAUUAGCACGGAGAAUGUGCGCUACGACGAGCUGUGCCCGCCGAAGGAUGCGACGCCUGAUGACAUGGUCUUUCUGCCCUUCUCCUCGGGCACGACGGGGCUGCCCAAGGGCGUGGUGCUGUCCCACAACAACAUCAGCAGCAACUGCGAACAGAUACAGGAUGCGCUGCCCAUCGACUCACUCCAGUUCCAGGACACGCUGCCCGCGGUGCUACCCUUCUUCCAUAUCUACGGCCUCACCGUGGUCAUGCUGUCGAAGCUGGGCAAGGGCGCCCGGCUGGCCACGUUGCCUGCCUUCAAGCCGGACGACUUCAUCAAGGCUCUCGACACCUACAAGGGCAGCAUCCUCAAUCUUGUGCCGCCCAUUGCCUUGUUCAUGAUCAACCACCCAAAGCUAACGAAGGACCUGGCUUCAGCGCUGCGCGUUGUCAUGUCCGGUGCGGCGCCCAUUGGCCAAAACGACGUCGAGCGCUUCCUGCAGAAGUUCCCGAACACGCGCUUCAUGCAGGGCUACGGCAUGACGGAGGCAUCGCCCGUUAUCCUGAUGACGCCCGAGGGCAAUACACGGUACGCCUCGACAGGUGUGCUGCCUGGCAGCACGGAGGCCAAGAUCGUGCCCCUGGAUGCGACCGAUUCGAAGGGCGUGGGAGCGCGCAUGACCGGGGAGCUGUGCGUGCGCGGGCCGCAGGUGAUGUCCGGCUAUUUGAACAAUCCGGAGGCCAACGAACUGACCUUCUUUCCGGGCAAAUGGCUGCGCACGGGCGAUGUGGCCUUCUUCGAUGAGGAUGGCUACUUCUAUAUAACGGAUCGCAUGAAGGAACUGAUCAAGGUCAAGGGCUUCCAGGUGCCGCCAGCUGAGCUGGAAGCGGUGCUGCGCGACCAUCCGAAGGUCCUAGAGGCAGCCGUCUUUGGCAUACCCCACGAGCUGAACGGCGAGGCGCCGCGAGCCAUCGUUGUGUUGCGCCAGAACGAGACGGCAACGGCCGAGGAGAUAGCCGCGUAUGUGGCGGAACGUGUCGCACACUACAAGAAGCUCGAGGGCGGCGUCAUCUUUGUCGAUGAGGUGCCCAAGAAUCCGACCGGCAAAAUACUGCGCAAGGAUCUCAAAGAAAAGUAUUCGGACUGAGCCAGCCAAUCUC